CUUGACUCAACCUUGCAAGCAAGUGUGUGUGUGUAUGCCCCCCCCCCCAUAACUUGCAUAGCGAAUAACAAAUACCCAUAAAGUCCCUGUCGCGCAGCCCCUCCCCGCGGGCAGCGCACUAUGCUGCUCGGGUGGGCGUCCCUGCUGCUGUGCGCGCUCCGCCUGCCCCCGGCCGCAGCCGGCCCCGCCGAGGCACCUGCACAGGAUAAAGCCCGGCAGCCUCCGUCUGCUGCAACGGCCACCCAGCCCCGCCGGCGGCGAGGGGAGGAAGCUCAGGAGCGUGCCGAGCCUCAGGGCCACCCGUACCCCCUGGUGCCGCAGCGCAGGAGCGGCGGACUCGUGCAGAACAUUGACCAACUUUAUUCAGGCGGCGGCAAGGUGGGCUACCUCGUCUACGCUGACGGCCAGCGGUUCCUCCUGGACCUAGAGCAAGAUGGUUCGGUGGGCGCCGCUGGCCUGAUGCCCGCAGGAGGCGGGCCGAGCGCACUUCGGCGCCACCGGGGCCACUGCUUCUACCGGGGCACAGUGGAUGGCAGUCCCCGCUCGCUGGCCGUCUUUGACCUCUGCAGGGGUCUAGACGGCUUCUUCGCGGUCAAGCACGCACGCUACACACUGAAGCCAAUGCUGCGCGGGCCCUGGGAGGAGGCGGAGAACCGGCGCGUGUACGGUGAUGGGUCUCCACGGAUCCUGCAUAUCUACAACCGCGAGGGCUUCAGCUUUGAGGCUCUGCCGCCGCGCGCUAGUUGCGAGACCCGGGCGUUGGCACCUGGGCCCCGAGAGCGUCCCUCGACUCAAAACAGCUCUGGCCAGCGAGCUGCGCUUUUUCCGCAGAUCCAGGACCAGUCCGCACCCUCACCCUCUGGGGACUCGGGUCAGCAGACGUGGUGGCGGCGACGGCGACGCUCCAUCUCCCGGGCCCGCCAGGUGGAGCUGCUCCUGGUAGCUGACGCGUCUAUGGCGCGGAUGUAUGGUCGGGGACUGCAGCAUUACCUGCUGACCCUGGCCUCCAUCGCCAACCGUCUGUACAGCCACGCGAGCAUAGAAAACCACAUACGCCUGGCCGUGGUGAAGGUGGUGGUGCUGGGCGACAAGGACAAGACCCUGGAGGUGAGCAAGAACGCGGCCACCACGCUCAAGAACUUUUGCAAGUGGCAGCAUCAGCACAAUCAACUGGAAGACGACCAUGAGGAACAUUAUGAUGCUGCCAUCCUGUUUACUCGCGAGGAUUUAUGUGGGCAUCAUUCAUGUGACACCCUGGGAAUGGCAGACGUUGGGACCAUAUGUUCUCCUGAGCGCAGCUGUGCUGUGAUUGAAGACGAUGGCCUCCAUGCAGCUUUCACUGUGGCUCACGAAAUUGGACAUCUACUUGGCCUCUCCCAUGAUGAUUCCAAAUUCUGUGAAGAGAACUUUGGUUCUACAGAAGAUAAGCGCUUAAUGUCUUCCAUCUUAACCAGCAUUGAUGCAUCCAAACCCUGGUCCAAAUGUACGUCGGCCACUAUCACAGAGUUCCUGGAUGAUGGCCAUGGUAACUGUCUACUAGACCUACCACGAAAGCAGAUCCUAGGCCCAGAAGAACUUCCAGGACAGACAUAUGAUGCCACACAGCAGUGCAACCUGACCUUUGGGCCUGAGUACACAGUGUGUCCUGGCAUGGAUGUCUGUGCUCGCUUGUGGUGUGCAGUAGUGCGCCAGGGCCAGAUGGUGUGUCUGACCAAGAAGCUGCCUGCUGUAGAAGGAACACCUUGUGGGAAAGGAAGGAUCUGCCUGCAGGGAAAGUGUGUGGACAAAACCAAGAAAAAAUAUUAUUCAACUUCAAGCCAUGGCAACUGGGGGUCCUGGGGGUCCUGGGGCCAAUGUUCUCGUUCUUGUGGAGGAGGAGUUCAAUUUGCCUAUCGUCACUGCAAUAACCCUGCACCCAGAAACAGUGGCCGUUACUGCACAGGGAAGAGGGCUAUUUACCGCUCCUGUAGUGUCGUACCUUGCCCACCCAAUGCUAAAUCUUUUCGUCAUGAGCAAUGUGAGGCCAAAAAUGGGUAUCAGUCUGAUGCAAAAGGAGUCAAAGUAUUUGUGGAAUGGGUUCCUAAAUAUGCAGGUGUCCUGCCAGGGGAUGUAUGCAAACUGACCUGCAGAGCUAAGGGCACCGGCUACUAUGUGGUAUUUUCUCCAAAGGUGACCGAUGGAACUGAAUGUCGGCCAUACAGUAAUUCUGUCUGUGUUCGAGGGAAGUGUGUGCGAACUGGCUGUGAUGGCAUCAUUGGUUCCAAACUUCAAUAUGACAAGUGCGGGGUCUGUGGAGGAGACAACUCUAGUUGUACAAAGGUUAUUGGAACCUUCAAUAAAAAAAGUAAGGGUUACACAGAUGUUGUGAGGAUCCCAGAAGGGGCAACCCACAUAAAAGUCCGACAGUUCAAAGCCAAAGACCAAACCAGAUUCACUGCCUACUUAGCCCUGAAAAAGAAAAAUGGUGAGUAUCUUAUCAAUGGAAAAUACAUGAUCUCCACUUCAGAAACGAUCAUUGACAUCAAUGGAACCGUCAUGAAUUACAGCGGUUGGAGCCAAAGGGAUGACUUCUUGCAUGGUAUGGGCUAUUCGGCCACAAAAGAAAUUCUAAUUGUGCAGAUUCUUGCAACAGACCCAACUAAAGCAUUAGAUGUCCGAUACAGUUUUUUUGUUCCCAAGAAGUCGACACAAAAAGUCAACUCUGUCACUAGCCAUGGCAGCAAUAAAGUGGGGUCGCACACAUCACAGCUGCAAUGGGUGACAGGCCCAUGGCUCGCCUGUUCUAGAACCUGUGACACCGGCUGGCACACCAGGACGGUGCAGUGCCAGGACAGAAACCGAAAGCUAGCCAAGGGAUGUCUUCUCUCUCAGAGGCCUUCUGCAUUUAAGCAAUGUUUGCUAAAGAAAUGUUAGCCUGUGGUUCUGAGCUUGUGCACAAAGAUAACUGGAUAAUAGUCAUCACUGAUACUGCCAUGAUGAACAAGAGGUCUACCUAAAGCACAGAAAGUCAUGCUUCAGUGUCAUUGUCAACAGGAGUCGAGUUAUGGGCAGAAUCUGCUCCUUGAGGCCAACUGAGGAUGGACACUGCUUCAUGUGACAAUGGUGACCUUGGCAUAAAAUAAGACUUGGGAGUUAUUGAAUCCCCUGGGUCUACCAAUACAAAGGAAAAAACACACUGAUGAAUGUAGAAUCGGGAUAUUUGAAGAUGGCAGAACAGUGUCCCCCUUGUCACCUACCUCUUACAGAAUGUCUUUAAAGACAUCAUGAUCAUUUUCACCCUUGAUACACAGUAGCUUCUUUUUACUGUUUGUAAAUACAUUCUCCCUUGGCAUGUCACUUUAUAUCACUUGGUUCUAUUAAAAAAUUAUAUUUCUAUAAAAAAGUGUUUGACCAAAGUAGGUCUGCAGCUAUUUCAACUCCUUGCAGUUUCCAGAAAGAGCUGUGGAUGUUUUACUGGAAAUUAAGAACUUGCUGCUGUUUUAAUAAGAUUCAGUAUACUUUCUGACUACAGGAGAUACACUUCUAGUCAAACAUCAUUUUUGACAGCAAGCAUCUUCUGAGAAAUUCUUAAAAGAAAAAGGGUCUCAGUGUAUCUAGUCAUUUAAAUAUGUACACGGGCCCGUUUAUUUAAACCCAUUGACUGCCUGUAUUUUUUUCAGGCAGACAGCCAAACUAAUGCAUAAUUAGGAUAUAGACAUAUUGUUAACUUGUGUGUAUGUUUUCAGUACUCAAGAGUAUACAAAUUAGUUUUCUUGUGUUAGAAUUUAAAAGUAAGAAAACAACAACAUAUUUCACUCUGUUUUCAAUUUCUGUUUUCACAACUGCUUCCUCUUUCCAUGGAUCCCAUCUGGUAUCUCACAAUGUGUAACAUACAUAAAAAACACACAGCAAAGAGUUCUCUGUCACCUUCAGCACCUUCAACACUGGUAUACCUCUUACCAGCAAGCCUUUAAAAUGUGUUUUGUUUUCGCUUGUUUUGCUCAAGGGCUCUGUACAAUAUUUUGUACUUUUUGUUGACUUAGUUUAAUAGGAAUAUUAAAAGUCACUUGGCAGUCAGCCAUAUCUAGAACUGGUUAUUACU